UGUAGUCUGAUACGAAUAAAGAAUUAUCAUAGGCUUCUCUCCUGUGACGUCACAUCACGCCAUUACCCUACAACCAACGGUCCAAUCUGGCUAGCCAGCAGUCCACCACCAGACACCGUGAUGUAAACCUCCGUGUCCCGUCCGUUCCUUUAUGAGCGGUCUUAGAGCAAUGGUACUCUAAAAUGUAACGUCUUAUUACCUAUCCCGACGCAUAUAGUGUACAGUGACGACCCGCAUAUCAUACAGUGGCGACGAGGAUGGGAUUGUGGAACGUCGCUUACAGUGGCGACAAGGAUGGGAUUGUGGAACGUCGCUUACAGUGGCGACAAGGAAAACAACUGCAACAGUGGAACACAGUGAUAUAGUGCGAAAGGGCAAUAAGCGUAAUGAACACGUGCAAAUAACACUUAAAAAACUUAAACAACGUAAGCAUCUUAAAUAGUAACUAUUGGAAAAUAAUGAACCGUUGUACCCCAGGUCAGCAGGGCGUUGAUAAGGCGCCUAUAAUAUUAUCUCUGGCCAUGUCUAGUUAGUACUCAGUCAACAUGGAUGUUGUCCUCCGCUGUCUUGUGUUCGUACUCACGACACUUGUAGCAUUCACUGCCGGCUCUGCUACCACUGCAACAACCUCUACAUCACAAGAGACACAAUGUUGCAAGAUUAACUCCGACUGCCCCCAGACGAGGAGGUGUUUGGAAGAAAAAUGUUCAGAUCCUUGUCCGGGGAAAUGUGGAAACAAUACGAUAUGUGAAGUGGUACAUCAUCAGCCGUUCUGUCUCUGCAAGGAUGGCUACACGGGGUGUCCUUACGCAGGAUGCCAUCCCUCUGAUAUAGACAGCGGACGAGUAGCUGGACAUGUAGGAGCUGAACACUGCAGACCGUGUACUCCGUGUGAGGUGUGUCAGCCCCGUCAAGUUGAGGUGGCGAAACCUAAGGAAUGCAUGAAAAACUAUUUUUUCAUUGAUAAGAAGGAGUAAUCUACUGCCAGCCACUUGGACCCUCGUCAGUGUCUCUACUUCACUGUACAAGAGGUGUCACGGAUCAUCAGAUCUUCUACUAGAAAACCACAAUAAUUUGUGUAGUAACAGGAAUAAUCUACUGCCAGCCACUUGGACCCUCGUCAGUGCCUCUACUUCACUGUACAAGAGGUGUCACGGAUCAUCAGAUCUAGUACUGGAAAACCACAAUAAUUUGUGUAGUCACAGGAAUAAUCUACUGCCAGCCACUUGGACCCUCGUCAGUGUCUCUACUUCACUGUACAAAAGGUGUUACGGAUCAUCAGAUCUUCUACUGGAAAACCACAAUAAUUUGUGUAGUCACAGGAAUAAUCUACUGCCAGCCACUUGGACCCUCGUCAGCGCCUCUACUUCACUGGACAAGAGGUGUCACGGAUCAUCAGAUCUUCUACAGGAAAACCACAAUAGUUUGUGUACUCACAGGAGUAAUCUACUGCCAGCCACUUGGACCCUCGUCAGAGCCUCUAAUUCACUGUACAAGAGGUGUCACGGAUCAUCAGACCUUCUGCUGUACAACCUCUAUAGUUUAUGUAGUCAUAGGAGUUAUCUUAGGAGAGGAAAUAUAAUUUUUUAAAUACUUUUAUAAGUUCUGGUUAGAGCCAUACAUUUCAAUUCUGGCCAACGUCAAGAUAUGAUUUUAGAAAAUAAGCUAGUAGCAAAACGUCACGGUUUUUAGAAUCGCUAAUUGACAUUUUAUGAUAGAAUAAACUUGUUAUAGAUGUGUUGCAUGUGUACGAGCACUUCUGAUUGUUUUCAGUGUAUUAUAUUACCGAAGCCACUAUUUAGUUUGCUUUGUUGCCACAAUCAAGUAAAUCUUUAUCCUCCUCCGUAGACUAAUGGUUAUAGUCUCGGCUGUCUAACUGAGAGAUCCCGGGUUCAAAUCCCAGGGAGGGCCAAUAAUGUAUAGACAUGAAACAGCGAGUGCACUUUCAAAACAAACCAGUUUACAUCGAAGCCUGUAUCGCUGAAGCUGAGGCUUCAAAGAGAACAAAAAAGUAAAUCUGUCAAAAAUGUAUACUUAUAGUCAUUUUAAUUUGUUCGGGUCUAGGUAUCUUUUGUUCAAUAGUUGAUUUUCCCGAUCAAGAAAAAAUAUAUACAUAUACAUAUCUGAGAAGGCUAUUUCUGUUAUAAUUCAACUAAGAUGGGCUUUAUAAGGCUUUAGAUUUGUAGUAACAUGUAUAUAAUCGAAAUAAGAAAUGUUGUUACUCAAGCUUACUCUAUGCUUUCACGAUAUACAUGUAAACAAAAUGAAAAUAGUGGUUAAAUAAUUUAUGUUUAAUUAUUUACUAAACCGUUCUGUUAUAAGCAAUAUUGUUGCACAUAACUGUUGAUUUCAUUUUACAGACUAUUUUAAUUAAUAUCUCACAAAUUCAGAGACCAAGAUGGGAUUUUGAGCAACUUUAAAAACCAGUGGGAAGUAGCCUAGAGGGGUUUUCGAAAUACGCAUAGACCUAUAUUCAUACGUGUAGAGGAAUUUCUCUACACGGCACAUCUACAUUACCAUGGACAGCCAAAUUUAUAUAAACGAGUCACUGUCACCGGCAAGAAAAGACUUUUUUUCAUGGCCCGGGAGGCAAAGAAGACGAAGAACUUUAAGUAUUUAUGGAUCCGAAAUGCCAAGAUAUUUUUGAGACGAGAUUAUGGACAGCCAGUGGGACAUGUAACAUGCCAAGAUGACUUUAGUAAGUUGUAAAAGUUUAAAAAAUUAGUAAAUUUAAGUCAGUGAAGUUUAAUGAUUGUUUUUUCAGUAAUAUUUAUUGUAGUCCUAAACUCCUUUUUUUAAAGGAAAAAUAAAUCAUACAAUUAACAAUGUCAUUGUUUUGAAAAAUCUUGGUUUUAUUAGACUUAAAUUAAUGUUCUUGUAAUCAGUACUUUAAAAUUUUAUUUUUAUAUUUCUAACUUAAAAGAUGGUAGUUCAGACUCAAUCAUGUAGUUUAACUAAUAAUUUUGAAAUAAUACAUCAAAAUAUUCUUAGCUUAAAAUAAAACUUUGAACUUUUUUGAUAGAAUUAAAAAAUAUGAAUAAAUUUCCUGAAACCAUAAUAUUAUCAGAGAUAUGGAUCAAUAGCAAUGAGUGUCAGUUUUGUGAAAUUGAGAAUAAAAGAUCCACGUUAAGUUUCAGUACAAUCAGAUGAAUAUUUUACGUGAGAAAGGCAAACAAACACACAAAGGCACUUAAACAUUUAUACUCGUAAUUUAUUAGAAUUUUAAAUUAAUUCAAUUUAUUUAUAUAACAUAUUUUCACAUCGCAAAAGAAUAAACGCUGACUGUACAUUAUACUACAUAAACUGUCUAUUAAUAAAGAUUUUACCAUUUAUUUAUGAAUCUUCCAAACAAUAGAGGAUAGCUGACACGUUCCCAUUGACGUCAUUAAUCCACCUUAUCAGCUGACAGUUGCUCCUGUACUGAUAAAGACACUACAUGUUGGAGCUGAGACAACAUUCUCUAUUAUGCAUGUUCAUGACAGCUUAUCCUUUGGUUGAAUCGACCCACUUGAUUAAUAUAUCCGUACUGAAGGCUAUUGCAAUAAUUAUCAUCAACGGGCAUUGUAAAGUUAGAUUUAUAUAAUUAACUACACACCGCAAAACAACAAACAUUAACUAAGAAGUAAAAUUAAGAUUAUUCGGUGAAUGCCAACCAUUUUUUUAAACACAGUACCAUUUAUUUAUAACGUCUACUUAGAUAAGGUUUAAAUGUAUUAUUAUUAACUACUAAUAUUUUGAAAUUCCUCCAUUAUUAAUGAAUAAAAGGUGGAUUCUA